GAAAACUAUAAGCCCAAUUUUAACUCCUACUUAAAUUAUGAUUUUUAUUAUAAAAACCAUAACCGCUAAUGUCCCUGCUUAAUACGGAUCCUUUCGCGGAAUGACUUUUAACAACUUAGCGCAAUAUUCACUAAGUAUAAGUUAGUAAGAGUAGUGGUCAAUUGCAAAUUAUUUAGUUACUAAGUAAGUAAGCCUCUAAACCUUACAUCCACUAAGGGAAAAACAAAUUUUGCCUAAACAAUUCACGCCUCGGCGUUGUAAAUUAAAAACAGUAGCAACAAAUACGAAGAACAACUACAAAUCUGUAAAAAAAGGCAACAUCCACACAGCGACUAAACAUACUAAUGUGCACAGCGGCAAGUUUGAAAGUCUGAGAAGCGCCGCCGCCGCAACAAAUGGACGCACAACAAUAGCGCGGUUUUCUCCAGAUAUAAAAGCCGUUAAGCAUCUGGUAAACGACAUUCAGUCAAUCGAAUUCGAAGUUAAAGGUAGAUAGUAGACGGAAAGCGUUACAUUUUUCGUGUGUGUGUGUGCGAUAGAAACGUUCAAGUAAAUAGAAGCGAAAUGAAGUGUGCUGCCCUAAUCACCGCCAUCGUGCUCGCAACCCUCUGCGCUGCCACAACAACAACCUACGCGGAAUCCGUGCUGGAUAACGCGGCGAUCGCAGCGUCCACGAACGAUGAGCAGCUGGAUGCGGCAGCCAGCAGCUUAAAUCCCUUGGAGGAUACACAUAAGCAGGAGAAACGUUAUGUUGGUGGCACAUGGGAUCCGUACUCGUCGCGACUAGGACUCGGUUUGGAGGGCAGCUCGCUGUAUAAUUCCGGCUAUGGUGGUUAUGGCAACUACGCUGGCUACAGCGGCCUUGGUGGACUCGGCACCGCCGGAUAUGGUGGUUACGGCGCUUACGGCGGCUAUGGGAAUAACGCAGGCUACGGUUCUGCCGCCGGCUAUGGUCCCUAUGGCGGCUAUGGCAGCCCUUACUCCUACUAUAAUGCACGUUUUGGUGGCGGUUAUCCCUACUCGCGUUUGGGUUACAAUUAUCCCUCCAGUUACUACAGUGGCUACUCCAAUAGCGUGGUGGGCGGUGGACUGGGCGCUCUUGGCGCUGGGGUAGUACCACCUGUGGCUGGCGUCGGUGGCGCAGGAGGCUAUCAGUAUGGGCCGGGCAUCUCUGGCACAGUGUACUAGAGGGUCGAUGAAGCGAACGGACAAAAUAGUGAGAGCGCAAACUCAGACAAGGCUGCUAAGUUUGUUGAGGAAGGCUGCCAAUUAAUUUCGACUUUGUAAUGCAAACUGAUUAAUAGAAUAAACUCGAAGUAUAAAUAUUUUUUAAAAAAAUAAAAAAAAAACAUUUUUUUUUUCAAAUUGUUAAGGGCCAUUACUUUCGACCUUGAAUGUAAAAGAGCAAAAAGUAAGAAAUUAACCUUGCCGAUCACCCCAUGUUAAAAUUCUUGCAAACUUACCAGUUUAAAAACAUUUCGGUGUAGUUAGAAAUCCUUUACA